UGAUGAACUCAUCGAGGCACUGUCUGUCAGGAAAGCAGAGGCAGCAGUUGGUAUCACGUUAGCUCUACCGCUUCUCCUCCUCGCUUUACCAGUCUUUUGUCCAUUCUCAUAAACGACACACAGGAGUAGCAAAACGGUGUCUUAGGGACAUUUGGAUGCCAAAUCAAAGUGCCAACGCUAUUCUACCAAGUCUUUCAGAGGAAAAACUCAAGAUGCCGCCAGUUGCUAAAGACCCACUGCCGCUCAAUGAAUUCAGCAGCAAUGACAGCCUUUAUCCACAAAGCGUGAGCCAGAGCCUGCCAAGGGUUAACACCUGGACCCUUCUCUCAGAUGACACAGUCAAGUAUAAAACGUUAGAAGAAAUGACGAUGAUGAAGGAACAACUCGGCUUGGAGAUGAGGCUCGAAAGCGCUCUCCACAGCGCAAAAGAAAACAUCCUCCACACAGACAUUCUGCUGCCAGAUGAUUUGUUAGGGCGGAUAGCGCAGGAUAUCUUCACCAUGUCAGAAUGCGAACCAUGUGGAUUAAAUGGCUCUGUCAUAUUCAUCAAUUUAGAAAAUCGGACUAAAUGUCGCAAACUAUGCAAAUUGCGACUGAAUGGACAGGUUGUGCCAACGUUUGAGUUACAUUUGUUGUUGAAGGAAGAUGGUCAAAAAUGGUUCAAUCCAAAGAAAAUCAUCUCUGUGCUUGAAAAAUACUUCACGUCAAAAAGGAACCCUGUUUUACUGAGUGAUUCAUACCAGGUGGAGAAGAAGAAACUGUAUCGUACUGGAAGUGAAAAAGGCAAGAGCAGCUAGCCUUGGACUAAGUGAACAUAACGUGUUUUUAAUGGUCAGUACUGAAACUUUAUCAGAUUUGCCACGACAUUAUUGCCUUGUUCCUAUGCAACUAGACACACUCUUCUGCAAAAUAGUGAAGUGUUUGCUCAAGGAGAUAUACUACAUGGACUAUUCACUUAGCAGAUUCCCUGCUGGUCAGACUUUCUGCUUGGUAACUCUACUAAGUGGUUCGUGCUUUAUGUCCUUGCACCAUAUUGAUGUUGAAAAUUUCCCUGAAAUCCUGUGAUUAGUUGACUAAAACCUCGUGUGACCUCCAGUUUCAUGAGUAGAACAUUGCCAAGGAUAAUCAUCAUCAACUUUUGAGUAGUUCUCUGAUGGGCGAGGUUACUCAUGCCAAGUGACUUUCAAUUUCAGGAAUCCAGCAUUUCUCAGCAGGUUGCACUGCUCUGAUCAGCUGGUCGUUGGUUUUGAAAUCACAUGCCGUUUUCCAAUAAUCUCCCUUUGACAAUUGACGAUGCUAAUCACAAGGAAAUCAUGUUUUCUGAUAUUCUUCAUGUGAUGGGAGGGUGAUUGUGCAAAUAUUGAUCACUUUUAGUAUUCAUGACAGGUUGUAAAAUAAAUUGAUGCUGUUUACAAUUUCUGGUAUGCUUCACUCACAAACCACCUGUAGUAUAAGGGGGGGGAGACUCCCUAGGUGAUUGUGUAUCUUUUCCUGUGGUCAAUUUGGAAAGGUCUUAGUCACUACUUAGUGACAGGUGACUAUCUAAGAGCUCAUGUCGUCGUGGUGUGUCUUCAUCAUUGAGGUCAAGGAUCGCCUCCUAUCUCUUAUCCACGAAAACACUUCAUUAUGGGAGAUAACGUGAAGUCUGCAAUAAUACUGUUUAGGUCAAGGUUUCAUUGAUAUAUUUAUAUAUAUAUUUUGUUGAAUCUUAACAUUUAAAUGCUUUGUCUGUACUAGAUGUUAGUUCAAUCACUGACAAUUACAAAUAAGAAAAAAGAUAUAUCUAAAAUUAGAAAUCAGAACAAUAUUUUCAUGAAGUAAAACUUAACCCUUGAGUCAUAAGAAUAGUUUUUGGGACAUACUGUAUUCAUUAUCUUGUGUCAAUUAUAAGCAGCUAAAGUUCUAUUUUCUACUAUUACUCUCAGUCAAAGUAAUAAGUUAUAAUUUGGUAAAGAAGUAUUCAACUUUUUGGAUUUCUUUGCUGGAAAAGUGAACAUGAUCUUGCUUUCAGGUAAGAUGAAUAACAUUUUUGAAAAUUCUCAAAGAUUAUAUCAUGAGAAAUCUAUUGUAACUAGUAGAUAUUCAAUGAUGGUGGUACAUUCCGUAGAUAAUUAUUCAACAUUGUGGCAAUGAUCUGGAUUGUGUACUUCUAGUGGUUUCUUGAAAAGCAAAAUCAGUCUUGUGAUGUUCUGUGUGAAAAGUUGAUGAUUAGGAAUGAUGUGAUAAAGAAUGUACGUGUUUAAUUUGUAUGUUGUAUCAUUUUUGAAAUUUCAGUGAUAGCAUGAAAAUAGUAUAAAAAUAAGUUGAGUCGAAUUUUAAACGAAGGGAUGAAGCCAGAAUGGUUGUUGGUGUCGUAGCAGAAUUUUUCCCCGAUGUUUGUAUUGUUCAUUGUGUAACUGGUGCUGUUCGUGUAAAAACUUUUUACUAAAUAAAUUAUAAGUUUUCUUAA